AUGUCCUUGAUUCUCCCAGAAAACUUCCAACACAUCAUCCGUAUCUACAAUACCAACGUAGACGGUAGACGUAAGAUCAUGUACGCCUUGACCAACGUCAAGGGUAUCGGUCGUAGAUUCGCCAAUCUCGUCUGUAAGAAGGCUGACGUCGAUCUCCAAAAGAGAGCUGGUGAACUCAGCAAGGAUGAAGUCGAGAGACUUACCACCAUCUUGAACCACCCAAGACAAUACAACAUCCCAGCUUGGUUCUUGAACAGACAAAAGGACAUUAAGGACGGAAAGUACUCCCAAGCUCUUGCCAAUCAACUUGAUGUCAAAUACAGAGAGGAUCUCGAACGUUUGAAGAAGAUCAGAGCUCAUCGUGGUAUCAGACAUCACAUGGGUCUCCGUGUCAGAGGUCAAAAGACCAAGACCACCGGUAGACGUGGUAGAACUGUUGGUGUAUCAAAGAAGAAGGGUGGAUAA